GGAAUUCAAAUUCUCAAGGACCUUAAGUCGAAUGACCUUGUGGGCACAUUGUUUGAGAAGGUUGUUUUCACAUGCUAGGGGUGUUGUUGUUUGCUACCAAUUCACCAGAUACAGACACUUCUUCACUUCUUCUGGCUUCGUUGUCCCAUGGAAAUGUGCUGGGCUGUCUUUCUUAGCCCUUACUCAACCAAUCUCUCAACUCGAUAUUGAUUCAAUUGUUUUCAGCUCUAAGAAUAAAAGGAACCCUGAUAUAUUUGAAUAUAUUUUAUCCAUGGACAACAGUUCUUUUUCAAGUUUUUAAGGAAUAACAAAGAUGCUCACAAAAGUAGACAUUUAUUAGGAUGGACACCGCUGAUGCUUGCAGUGGUCACUAGGAAUUAUGAUGCCGUGGAUGAGUUGCUGAAAUCAGGUGCAAAUCCUAAUGAUGCUGAUAAUUUUUCCGGUGUUGUCAAAACUGCACGUGAUUUGGGUAUUAUUUCAUCUGAAGUUGAGUGGAUGCGAAUCACUCAGUUUAGUGAUUUUCUGAAUCCAUCAGCUGAUUUUCGUGGUUGUUCUGCGCUACAUUACGCUGUGUUGAUUAAUGAUUGUAGGAUUGUCGCUUUGUUACUGGAGAAAGGUGCUGAUCCAACUUUAGUGAAUGAACGUGGACAUCGGCCUAUCAUGUAUGCAAAAGAUCCUUCAAUUAAACAGUUGCUCAGUGAGGCUGAAUUAAAGAAAGCAGAAGAAAUCGCUGCUAAAGAGCGAGAAGAGAGACGUCUUCAACCCCUGGAAAGUCGUUUACACAAAGUUAUUGUUGGGCAAGAAGCUGCUAUUCGCACUGUUAGUGCAGCCAUUCGACGUAAAGAAAAUGGUUGGUACGAUGAAGACCAUCCACUGGUGUUUCUUUUUCUUGGUUCAUCUGGUAUAGGCAAAACGGAGUUAGCUAAACAAGUGGCUUCAUACUUGCAUAAAGAUGACAAGAAAGGCUUUAUUCGAAUCGAUAUGUCAGAAUACCAGGAAAAACACGAAGUCUCCAAAUUCAUUGGUUCACCACCUGGUUAUGUUGGUCAUGAGGAGGGUGGUCAGCUUACACGAGCUUUAGGUGCAUGUCCGAAUGCAGUUGUUUUAUUUGAUGAAACAGAAAAAGCUCAUCCAGAUGUGCUGACAGCCCUUUUACAGUUGUUCGAUGAAGGACGUCUAACUGAUGGACGUGGUGCAACAAUUAAUUGUAAAGAUGCUAUAUUCAUUAUGACAUCGAAUGUUGGAAGUCAAGUGAUAGCGGAACAUGCACAAUCUCUGCGUCAUAUUUCUGGAAAUGAUGAAGCUGAAAUUGAGAUUUCUCGAGACUUCAAGGAGAAAGUCAUGCGUCCAAUUUUAAGACGACAUUUUCUUCGGGAUGAAUUUCUUGGGCGUAUCAAUGAAAUAGUUUAUUUCCUACCAUUUUCAACAUCGGAAUUGACAGAACUAGUCAAUCGUAGCUUAAAUAGCUGGAGUGAAAAGGCUCUGAAAAGACAUUCACUUAAUAUAACAUGGAGUCGUGAAGUUGUAGAUUUAAUUGUUGAUGGAUAUGAUGUUUAUUACGGAGCACGUUCAAUCAAUUAUGAAAUUGAACGUAGGAUAAUAAGUCUUCUCGCUCUAGCUGAUGAACAGGGAUAUCUACAUCCUGGUUGCAAUGUUAAUAUUAGUGUCAGUCAUAAAAGUGUUAAAGAUGAGGCUUGGUCAUUAAAAAAAUCAAACGAUGAUAACUCUAAUUCAUCAGAAACCUCUCCACCACGUAUAGUACUUAACGUUACUAACCCAAAAGGUAAAUCAAGGCAGGUUCUUGACUUAACACAGACUGCUGUCUCUUGGGCAUAAGUAUUUCGCAAUAAUAUUAUAAGUACAACAGCAUAUUUCUACAUACUGGUUCAUUUUUUAACUAUAUCAGUUUUACUAAUCAAUACUGUUCCCUUAUAUUUUAAAAAAUAGUGUACAUUUCUUUGAAGUAAAGUUACUCCUUGUUGUUAGUUUUGCAGUUGAAAGGGCACUCCAUUACAGGAUUGAUUGUUACUUUUUUUAAGAUCAAUUUUAUAACUGAUUUUCCUAAGGGUGUUUCACAAAAAAUGUACUUUACACCUGCUAUGUGGGUGAUGGCGCUUCAAACUGCGGUAUUUUUGUAUUCACUCUUAAAAAUGUAUAUCAUCACCCAGUAUCAACACUAGUCUGCUAAACUACGGCAUAUAGUCUAGUUCAGUUAGAUUUGGAAUGGAAUGAGAAGUCUUGACUGGGAAGCUAGCGUG